GCAUAAAUAGGUGUCCCCCAUCCUCCUUCUCCACGUCCCCGCCAACCUUCGUUCAGUCCUCAUUUGGUUCGGCAAAAGUGUACCUGCCUUAGCCCACCAUGGCGUCUCUCGGAACCGCACUCGGCCUUCGCGCCGCUUCUGCAGCCUCGAACAACAUCCCCAACCACGCACCGGCCUUUCUCUGCUUCCACUUCAUCUUCGCGUACGGCGUUCUUUCCUCGCGGACGCUGAAACAAUGGUACGGCAUCGACCACAACGAAUCGCCCCGAUACGACCUCGCCAAGUACGGCGACGAGGCGGUAAGAUCGGGCAAGAUCACGCAGAAGCAGCUGGACAUGCUCCAGCGCAACGAGUCCGCGCACGCCAACGCCGUCGAGAACUACGCCUUCUUCCUCGGAGCCAUCAGCUUUGCGACUUUUGCGGGCGUCGACCGGAAGUACGUCAAUCGCGCCGGGCUUGCGUAUACGGUCGCGCGGGUCGCGUACGGGUUUGUCUACGUCUUGAUCGAUCACCCCCUGUGGAGCCAGAUCAGGGGCAUUACCUGGUGGAUAGGCAAUUGCAGCUGCCUUUACCUGCUUUGGCAGGCUUCGGGGAAGUUGAACCAGGGUUUGAAAUAAUUGGUUCGAAGGGAAAUUUGCCAUGAAGAUGGCGGAGAAGGUUCUGAACAAAUUGGCUGAACAUGGGGGGCAUUCUCGGCAUCGGGGGCUUGGGGAUAUCGCCAGCCCGUCCUAAUCAAGCCCGUCAGCAUUCCGAUGAGGACGGUCUGGUCGCGGCUGAAGCAAAAGGCUCCCAACGAGGCUGUAAUCGUUUCUCGGGGUCCAUACUACCCUCUAAUGCUUGGCUGGUACUCUAACUGCCUACCGCUUAAUCCAAUCGAA